AUGGAGACCUCGACAGAGCGCGAAGCUUAUCGCUCUGCACCUCAACCACCGAGCCAGCAAACUUCAGAGCAUCGAAUUCCGAACAGCGACGUGCGAGGCCAAUCUCACACCCCGUAUCAAUCACCAGCUAUCAGACAACUUGUCAGCAUAUUCCUAGCUAAUGUCAGAUCCCGAUUUGGAGAAGACUCGCCUGAAGUCAUCAUGAUUUGGGAUGUUCUCGGUGCAUUUCGAGCUGGGAAGGAAUCCAAAAAAGCUACCCUCAUCACCAUCAACCAGACACUGGGCCACCACAACGAUCUCAAGCAAGAUCUCAUGAAGGUACUGUACCACCCCGAAGCGAAAUGGCAGACAGGCGAUUUUGAGUUUGAGCCCGAUCAACCCAUGCCCUCACCUACUCCUAACUUCUUACAACCGGUUUAUCAACCCCAGAUCCGCCUACCGCCAAUGACAUGGUUCGAGAACAGACAGAUCUACCAGUCGAUCAGUUCUGGUCAUGACCGAAAUUGGCCUCCCAUCGCACCCAAACUGGAGGUCAACCAUACAAAACCUCCACCGGUCCCUUGCUUUGACAUUCCUGCUCGUCCCCACCAAAGCCAUACGCCCCAAGCAGGGUCUCUGGAGAGAGCGUCAUCCGAGACAACUACAAUUCCUGCUCUCGGUGUUCCAGUGACAGUCGAUGUUGCCCAGACCGUCCACGAUAUGCCGCCGCCUUCGCACAAGCGUCGCCGCGAAGCUUUUGAAGAACAAGCUGUGCAAGAGGCAAUAGACCGAGCGAGCUCUGACACGGCUGACCAGGUCUGCUUUUCAACCGCAGAUACGGGUCAACCAGUCGCUAAGCGCCAGUCCGAGAGCACUUCCAAAGCAAAGCGUGCACAAGCUGAGAGCGGAUCGAAACCAUUCAUUCAUGGCCUAUGCGGUAGAGGUUUCGGCACUAGAUCAAAGGUCAAGAAACAUCAUUGGGGAAACGUGCUCAAUGAUUUGGAGACGACUACAGGUUGUUGGGCGAAGCACGGAAAGCCAAAUGUGAGCUGGGACGAGCAUCCGAGCUGUACGGAAGGGAUGAAAGUGUCUGGUCAUGCAAGGACAACCCCGGCGGCGAUGGAAAAAGACGAGUCUCGAGCAACGCCUCACAUGACGCCCGUCGAUGAGGAACAGCCUGAAACCGUUGCGCGUUCUGCUAAUCUGCACGAAGAUUAUCAAGAGGUCUCUCAAGACUGUGGACUGUAUCACUCACAUCGGCUACCCAACCGAUCCAGUUUCGAUACGCUAUUGAGUGCGGUGAACGCCGUCUCUGAAAUCGAUGCACGGAACACGCAGGGACGUAUCGACUCUGUCGUUAGUCAUAUCGAUGAGCAGGCUGCUGGCGUGGAAGAUACGAGACAGUACGUAGUGGACUGGCAGAACACAGUGUGGGGCCACGAUGAAGAAGCGGCGGCUAGUGGAUACCCGCACCCAUAUACGACGCUCCAACCGAGUAUGAUGUAUCCGUUGAGGGGAUACCAUGUGUCUGUAGAGGUUGCACUGCCGUUUUAUGAAAGGCCUCAGUCGCAUACUCGGCAGAUGUACCCAUGUCCUGCAAGCAACUGGAUCGACGAUCAGUUAAGCAUGAUGGAGGGUGCAUACAGCAGCCCCGCGCCCGUGGAGCCCCAGUGCCCUGACCCGUACGCAGGGAGCCGACCAAUGUAG